UCCAGGAGGCGCUCCAGUCUGGCUGGGAGAAUAAGAAAGCGACGCGAAAACGCGAUUGAAUUUGGGCCCUGCCGCUGCCCGUAGUCGACGUCUCCAACAUGGCGGCUCCCCAAGAUGUCCACGUCCGAAUCUGUAACCAAGAGAUUGUAAAAUUCGACCUGGAGGUGAAGGCGCUCAUCCAGGAUAUUCGAAACUGUUCAGGACCCUUAAGCGCACUUACAGAACUGAACACUAAAGUGAAAGAGAAGAUUCAGCAGUUACGACACAGAGUACAGGAACUUGAGCAAUUGGCUAAGGAACAAGACAAAGAAUCAGAGAAACAAUUUCUACUCCAGGAAGUGGAAAAUCACAAAAAACAGAUGCUCAGCAACCAGACCUCAUGGAGGAAAGCCAAUCUCACUUGCAAAAUUGCAAUUGACAAUCUAGAGAAAGCAGAGCUUCUUCAGGGAAGAGACCCCUUAAGACAAAGGAAAACCACCAAAGAGAGCCUGGCUCAGACAUCCAGUGCCAUCACAGAGAGUCUCAUGGGGAUCAGCAGGAUGAUGUCACAGCAGGUCCAGCAGAGUGAGGAGGCCAUGCACUCUCUAGUCAACUCUUCACGAACUAUCUUGGAUGCAAAUGAAGAAUUUAAGUCCAUGUCCGGCACCAUCCAGCUGGGCCGGAAACUCAUCACGAAGUAUAACCGCCGAGAGCUGACGGACAAGCUUCUUAUCUUCCUGGCUCUGGCCCUUUUUCUUGCUACUGUUCUCUAUAUUGUGAAAAAGCGGCUUUUUCCAUUUUUGUGAGAUCUGAAAGCUGUCACCUUUGGCCUCAUCAGUCCUGUUUUCUGAUCCAUCCAGAAUCCAAACCCUAGCCAAGCUGUCAAACUGAGCCACAUCCUCCAUGUGUGCUCCAGCUGCUUAGCAAGUCAGAAAGAAACAGAGCUCCCAAGUCUUCUGCAAGUGCAUACUUUGCAGAGUACAAGCAGAGCUGUUGGAAACAAAGAUUCCUGCAGGACACAGGUACUCUACAGUCAUCCAGCCGUCGGCUACUGGGAGUCGCUGCUGCUUGGAGCACUUGGAGUCCAGCUCCUGAGAUCUGUUGCUCCUCAGUCCCUCACACAGAGGCUUACAUGCCAGGUGUUGUGGAAGGAAGAGAGAAGAGGUGAGAAAAAGGAAGAGCUCAUGGUCAUUCCUUGAAUAAACUUGACUUUAUUUAAUGGAAUAAAAUAUGUUUAGUUUCACAAGA